AUGGGAAAUACUCAGCGAUCACCAUCAUCUCCAUCAUCAUCCAACGACACAGCCCGUCCAUCAUCAUCAGUCCUCAUUGUUCCAUCUCAACUAUCAUCAGUCCUCAUUAUCCCAUCUCCACUCUCACCAAUCCUCGUCUUAUCAACUCCACGUCAAAAAUCAAACAAAUCAUCUCGUCCUCGUCGUAUUAUGAAACCAUGA